AUGUUUCUAUCGAACCCAUUGAAGGGCAGUGUUGGUCAACCGACGCCGGAAGUUCAGAACGUCGAGAAGGUCAACCGUACUUCGCCCAUCGACGAGAAGAAACAGUACUCGAAUACAGACAUCGAGUCGACUAAAGACGUUGAUGCGGACAGCGAUUUCGGCGGCGUCUUGGAGAACGAGAGAGAUAUCGCCACACAUGUUCUCACCGUGACAGAUGACCCUUCAUUAAACCCAUGGACAGUGAGGGCAUUCGUUCUUGGAAUUGGACUGAGUGCCUUUGGGGGAGUGUUGGCGGAGAUUUACUACUUCAAGCCUCAAACUGUUCUCGUCUCCACAAUGUUCCUUGCUAUCAUAGCAUACGUACUAGGUAUGGCAUGGGAAACCUUCGUUCCCACUCGUGGGGUAUUCCGCUUCAUCAAUCCACACCCCUUCAACAAGAAAGAAAAUGCAUUCAUCGUCAUUAUGUCUAGCGCCGCGGCGAACUCGGCGCUGGGAACGGAAGUGCUAGCUGUCCAGAGACUGUUUUAUAAUGUGACACCCAACCCAGCAAGCUCGAUCUUCUUGUUGUUCGCUAGCCAGUUACUUGGCUAUGGCAUCGGUGGACUGUUCAGGAGUGUCCUGCUGUACCCCUCGAAGAUGUUAUACCCUACGGUCAUUCCGUUGGUAUCUAUGUUCGAUGCGUUGUACAGGGACGCGCAAGGCGCGACCAAGAAGUUGAGGUUGUUCUGGAUUGCAUUUGGGGUUAUAUUCAUUUGGGAAAUCUUCCCGGAAUGGAUCUUCCCCUUGUUAACCGGGUUCUCUAUAUUCUGCCUCGCAAAUCCGACUUCGACAGACUUCACCCGCAUCUUUGGCGGGUCCAAUGGAAACGAAGGUCUGGGUUUACUUUCGCUGUGUUUGGAUUGGCAAUACAUCUCUGGAGGAUAUAACCCAAUGGCCAUCCCACUCAAGGCACAGUUCUCGAAUUUGAUUGGCUAUAUAUUGUGCAUGGUUGUUUUCGUGGGUGUGUAUUACAACAACAUCUGGGAAUCACGAUCCCUGCCCUUCCUUUCUCAAACACUAUUCUACCCGAACGGAUCUGUCUAUGACCAACUGCGUAUCCUGAAUGAUCGUCUCGAAGUUGAUCCAGUCCUACUGGCGAAAGAAGGAUUGCCUUUCUACUCCGGAACCUGGGUAACUCAAUUACUCUCCACGAACCUGGGCAUGGCAGCCACUUUCACACAUCUCCUUCUAUGGAAUAGCGAUGAUCUCGCUCUGGCCUUCGGCUGGGUGUCUAUACCCGCAAUAAAGCAGAUGUAUCAGGAUUUUGACUGGAGGUUCUGGAGGGACAAUGGUAUGCGUGAUGAACGCAUUGAUGAGAAGGAUCUUGAUCCUCAUUACCGGGAGAUGCUUAAGUAUCCCGAUGCUCCGAACAGUUGGUACAUCGUGACCCUCCUCAUCUCGGUCAUUAUGGCAUUGGUCAUCAUUUAUAAGGCAGACUCUACCUUGCCCUGGUGGGGUUUUAUCAUCGCCAUGCUAUUAGCAACGGUGUCAAUCUUGUUCUUCGGGACAUUGUCUGCUAUCACUGGGCUGCAGUUUAUUAUUCAACCGUUCGUUCAGAUGAUCGGUGGCUUCAUUCAUCCAGGCAAACCCAUGGCCAAUAUGUAUUUCGUGCUAUUCAGCUACAACUCCGUCACUCAGGCGCAGCUGUUGAUGCGAGAUCUGAAGAUAGCUCAAUAUACUAAGCUUCCUCCUCGAGCAGCCUUCACCGCUCAGAUCAUAGGCACACUCUUCGGAUGUGUCUUGAACUACGUUUUAAUGAACUCCAUCAUCGACAACCAACGUGACAUUCUCCUGUCCGUAGAAGGCACCAACAUCUGGUCCGGACAGCAGCCUCAGCAAUACAACUCCCAAGCCAUUGCUUGGGGUGGCCUCAGCCACGAGUUGUUUGCGUCCGGGAAAAGGUACCAAUGGGUAGCUUGGGCGUACGUCGUAGGGCUUUUCGUCCCCAUACCGUUUUGGCUCGUGCAUCGCUUCUGGCCGAAGUUAAGGGCGGAUUAUCUAUACACACCUGUCAUUUGCUACUAUAUUGGAUGGCUUUGCGUUGGGAUUAACUCCUCGAUCUUGUCGUACUUCGCCAUUGCUUGGUUCUCCCAGUGGUACCUUCGAACGCGGUAUCCUAAAUGGUUUGUGAAGUAUAACUAUAUCCUGGCAGCCGCGUUAGAUGGAGGAACCCAAGUGAUGGUAUUCAUCUUGUCCUUCGCAGUGCAAGGCGCUGCUGGAGAUUCACAUCUCUUCCCUCAAUGGUUAGUGGGGCGCAAAUCAGAAUGGAAAUUACGACCGGUGUGCAUUCAUUACAACGUCGGGAUGACGACGGGAGCAUCACCCUGCAACAAACUUAAAUUAUCGUAG